UAUUCGUGUUCCAUUCCAUUGAUCCCUUUGUCAGUUUUUGACAUUUGCUUUUAUUCGUCGAUAUUCCCAUAUUCUGUGUGGAAGAAAACGCGAACUACAGCCUAUUCAGAAUGUUCCGUCUUGCUGCAAGCCAACUUGCUAACAUUGCUCGUAGCUCCAUCGGCGUAACCAGCCGUGUUGGUGUUGUACGUGCUGCCCAUCACGAAAUUCCUGCCGAGGAAUUCGAUAAGCAAUACGAGGACUACUUCAGCCGCAGCGACAUCGAUGGCUGGGAGGUGCGCAAAGGCAUGAACGAUUUGUUGGGUAUGGAUUUGGUGCCUGCUCCAAAAAUUGUCGACGCUGGCUUGAAAGCUUGCCGUCGUGUUAAUGACAUCGCUUUGGCCAUCAGAUGGUUGGAAGGUGUUAAAGACAAGUGCGGUGACAAGACCUCUGAAAUCUAUCCCUACAUCUUGAACCACGUUCGUCCCACACUCACCGAACUGGGCAUUCCUACUCCCGAAGAGCUGAACUAUGAUAAGCCAGAAUUGGCUCUUAAAUCAGUGUUCGACAUGUAAAUUUUUUUUGUGUUAAUGAGGGUGAAAUACAAAUCAAACUUCUUUAGUUUAAUUAUAUGAGAACUACCAAAUAAUUUGUGAAUAUUUGAUAGGCGCUUUCUGUGGAUGGGAGUUCUUAAUACUUUUUCCUAGGAAAAAUAAAGCGCCCGGCUGUCGAAAGAGAA